AUGAAGCAGCUGGACUCCACCAGGGAGUCCGCCUAUAAGGGUGUGAUAGCCGUUUCGCUGUCGACAACCCUUGUCUCCACCGCCUUCUUGGUCACCGUAGUCCCAAUGAUCAGCGAAUUUGCUGAGACUAACAGUGAUCUGUUGAAAAGUGAUGCGAGAUACUGCGCGGCUACGUCAACAGAACUCUCAUCGCUUCUCAUGCGCUACGGCUUUAACCACUUAAAUUCUACUAGACAAACGAGACAAAAAAGGGACAAAUUCGAGUAUGAAGACUAUGAGGAGGAGGAAAAUUGCAAAUGCGAAUAUCCACCCGGGCCACCAGGUCUACCAGGAAGAGAUGGAAUGCCGGGACCAGCUGGUGCUCCAGGAGCACCGGGUCUACCGGCACGAUUACCCUGUGAGCCUCCCAUUGACUACAAGAAAGUGUGCCCAGAUCCUUGUCCGACGGGAGUACAGGGCGCAGCAGGAUUACAGGGUCCACCCGGGGAGAAAGGUGUGGUUGGAAUUCCUGGAGAACCUGGAAAACGAGGACUCGAUGGUAGAUUAGGCGCAAAGGGAGAGACUGGUCCUCGUGGAAUUCCCGGCUUGGAUGGCGAAGUAGGUGACCCAGGAGAAGAUGCUGUGCCGCAACCGUUUAUUCCUGGACCUCCUGGUGAAGUCGGAGACGAAGGACCUCCAGGGCCUCCUGGUCCGAUAGGUAUGCCAGGUAUAGAUGGACCAAUCGGACCAGCUGGGCCCAGAGGUAGAAAAGGAAAGGACGGUUUCCCUGGUGGAAAAGGAGAAAUGGGCCCCGAAGGAGCAAUGGGUGAACCAGGAGAGGAUGGAGAGAAGGGGGUUUGUCCAACUUACUGUGCGACCGAUGGCGGUGUGUUCUUCGUGCAACCUCCGGAUUGGUUCUUUAACGAUUAG